AUGUCUAUAGAGCAGGACCCGGACGAUUCCAGCGACGGCGAGAAAACAUUCAACGGAUAUUCAACAACGCCAUCGAUCACAACCGCGAUUCGUGAAGAAGGACAGGAACGUGAAAUCGGUCCCAGUAUAGGAGAACUGGCACGAAAAUUCUCGAAUCAAUUCGUCCACCACUCACAAACACCGACAGCGGACUGCAAUCCCUUUCUCCCUUCUCACAACCCCUCCCUUGACCCAAACUCGAAGGACUUUGACCCAAAACAAUGGAUGAGGGCUCUCUUAGACACCACUUCCAGGGACGCUGAUAGGUACCCAUCUCGAACCUCUGGCGUUUCUCAUCGCAAUCUUACCGCGUAUGGGUUUGGGUCCAAUGUGAAUUACCAAGCGGAUGUGUUGAGUAUUUUCUCACGAGUCAUUGACAUGGCAAUAAACCUGAUGGGUAGAAAAGAAAAGAGGACUCAGAUUCUUCAAGAUUUUGAUGGCUUAGUGCAAAGUGGUGAAAUGCUGCUGGUACUUGGCCGUCCAGGAAGCGGCGUGUCAACAUAUCUCAAGACCAUCGCUGGAAGGACGCAUGGCUUUAACGUUGACCCAAUAUCGAGCUUUAAUUAUCAAGGUAUCCCUUACGACAUGAUGCACUCGCGCUUUCGGGGUGAAAUUAUUUAUCAAGCGGAGACGGAGAUUCACUUUCCACAGUUGACCGUCGGCCAAACUCUUCUUUUUGCUGCACUGGCAAGAACGCCAAAAAAUAGGCUUCCCGGGGUCACUCGACAGCGAUACGCUGAACAAAUGCGAGAUGUGGUCAUGGCGAUACUUGGUAUAUCGCAUACAAAGAACACCAAGGUAGGCGAUGACUUUAUUAGGGGAGUCAGUGGCGGCGAGCGUAAGCGCGUAAGCAUCGCAGAAGUCAUGCUGAGCGGAAGUCCGUUGCAAUGCUGGGACAACAGCACGAGAGGUCUGGAUAGCGCUACUGCUCUUGAAUUCGUGAAGACGAUCAAAAUGUCGACCGAUUUGGGCCAUACAGCUGCCGUUGUAGCUAUCUACCAGGCGUCUCAAGCUGCUUAUGAUGUCUUUGAUAAAGUCACUGUUCUCUAUCAAGGAAGGCAAAUCUAUUUUGGUCCUGCUGGUUCUGCCAAAAGCUACUUCACCAAUAUGGGCUACUAUUGUCCAGAUCGACAAACGACCGCUGACUUCCUCACGUCACUGACAAAUCCAGAGGAACGCAUUGUUCAAGAAGGCUUCGAGGAGAAGGUACCGAGAACAGCUGCAGAGUUUGCAGCAGCCUGGCGCAACAGCUCGGAAAGAGCAGAGCUUCUGAAAGAGAUUGCUUCGUUUGAGGAACGAUUUCCGUUAGAAGGAGAGCAACUUAAACAUUUCGAAAGAUCUAGAAGGGCUCAGAAGGCCCAUUUGAUGAGAGCAAAAUCCCCGUAUACGAUCUCUGUGCCCAUGCAGAUUAGUCUCUGCAUCAAUCGUGGUUUCCAGCGCCUAUCUGGUGACAUGACCUUCUUCUUUGCCACAAUUUUCGGGAAUCUACUCAUCUCAAUAAUUCUGGGAAGUGUGUUCUAUAAGCUUCCUCAAUCCAGCGAGAGUAUGAAUAACCGGUGCAUCCUGUUAUUCUUCAUUAUCCUUUUCAAUGCUCUUAGCAGCUCCCUGGAGAUUCUCACCCUCUACGUGCAACGUCCAGUCGUGGAAAAGCAUGCCCAAUACGCUCUUUACCAUCCGUUCUCCGAAGCAGCAGCGUCAAUUAUAUGUGAUCUACCCUCCAAAAUCAUCUCAACUCUCUUUUUCAAUAUCCCAGUCUAUUUCAUGUCUGAUCUACGACGUGAAGCAGGCUACCUUUUUAUCUUCCUACUUUUCGGUUUUACAUGCACCUUGACCAUGUCGUCUAUCUUCCGUACUAUUGGACAAAUAUCACGCACCAUGGCUCAAGCUCUCACUCCAGCGGCGCUCUUUGUCCUUCUCUUAGUGGUUUAUACUGGGUUCGUCUUACCAACAAUAGCCAUGCAAGGCUGGUUACGGUGGAUCAAUUAUCUCAAUCCAAUCGCGUAUGCAUAUGAGAGUCUGGUUGUGAAUGAGUUCCACGACCGGCAGUUCGACUGCACUCAGUUCAUUCCGAUGGGCCCAAGUUAUCAGAACCUCACCGCGAGCGAAAGAGUGUGUGCCACUGCAGGGGGCCUUCCAGGAGAUGAUUUCGUGAGCGGAGAUACGUAUAUCUAUGGCAGCUACGGAUACUCGUACUCACAUAUUUGGAGAAAUUUUGGGAUCCUUAUUGGGUAUAUUAUAAUUUUCACUGGUGUCUACUUCUUGGCUGCAGAAUACGUAUCUUCCAGUCGAUCUAAGGGCGAGAUCCUAGUCUUCCAACGUGGGUUGGAUAAAAAACAUGCUUCGCGUCCAGAUGACAUCGAAAGUUCAAACCCGAACAAUACUGACCGUCAAGUUGUUGAAUUCCGUGGUGAAGAAGACACGAGUGCUGCAAUCCAAAGACAAACUGCAAUUUUCCACUGGAAAAACGUUUGCUACGAUGUGCAGAUCAAAACAGAAACGAGGAGAAUUCUUGACCGAGUUGAUGGUUGGGUGAAGCCCGGUACAUUGACAGCAUUGAUGGGGGCCACAGGGGCUGGAAAAACCACGCUUUUGAACGUCCUUGCAGAACGCAUCACUGUCGGUGUUGUCACAGGGGAUGUCUUCGUGAAUGGCCAACCACGAGCUAGAUCAUUCCAGAGAAAGACGGGGUAUGUGCAGCAACAAGACGUUCAUCUAGAGGUUUCAACAGUCCGAGAGGCUCUAGAGUUCAGUGCACUACUGCGACAACCUUCAAAAUACUCCCGGAAAGAAAAACUUGCGUAUGUGGAUGAAGUUAUCAAACUUCUGGACAUGGAAGCUUAUGCAGAAGCCAUUGUCGGUAUUCUUGGCGAAGGGCUGAAUGUAGAACAAAGAAAACGUCUCAGUAUCGGUGUUGAGCUCGCAGCUAAACCGGAAUUGCUUCUCUUCUUGGACGAGCCAACAUCUGGCUUAGAUAGUCAAACAGCAUGGUCUAUUACUGCACUUAUCAAGAAACUUUCAGAUAAUGGACAGGCUAUCCUCUGCACCAUUCAUCAGCCAUCAGCUAUGCUGUUUCAACAAUUUGACCGUCUCCUUCUUCUCGCAAAGGGUGGAAAAACGGUAUAUUUCGGCAACAUUGGUGAAAAUGCACGCGAAAUGAUCCAAUAUUUUGAAAGUCACGGCUCUCGGGUAUGUAGGAAAGAUGAAAAUCCAGCUGAAUGGAUGUUAGAGGUCAUCGGGGCCGCACCCGGUGCUGUUGCUAAACAAGAUUGGACCGAUGUAUGGCGGAACAGUUCAGAAUACAGUGAUACACACAAGGAACUCACUCGUUUAGAAGACCAACAAAGGUCCGAAGCUACACAUCAGCCAGCGAGUGAUGCAUUUGAUGAGUCAACGGCAUAUGCUGCUAGUUUGACAGAUCAGCUCUUCUUGUGUACCAAGCGAGUUUUCCAACAAUAUUGGCGUACACCAUCAUACAUCUAUGCCAAAUUGGUCCUCUGCUUAGGAGCGAGCUUGUUUAUUGGUGUCUCAUUCUACAAAACUAAGAACACCAUGCAAGGUCUUCAAGACCAAAUGUUUGCUGUCUUCAUGUUGCUCGUCAUUUUUGCCUUCCUCGUCUACCAGAUCAUGCCCAACUUUAUUCUACAGCGUGACCUGUACGAGGUCCGCGAGCGUCCUUCCAAGACUUAUGCCUGGUACAUCUUCAUGUUAUCCAACAUCAUUGUUGAGCUGCCAUGGAACACAUUCGCUUCCCUAUUGAUAUACUUCCCUUUUUACUACCUGGUGGGUUUAUACCGCAAUGCUGAGCCUACAGAUACCGUUCAUGAGCGAGGUGCCUUGAUGUUUCUCUUGACAUGGGCUUUUAUGGUUAUGUCUGGGACCUUUUCACACAUGAUGGUUGCUGGGCUUCCAACUGCAGAGGUCGGAGCUAUUCUUGCCCUAAUUCUGUUCGCCUUGUGUCUGAUAUUCUGCGGGAUUAUUGCGUCCCCAGCUGCGCUACCGGGCUUUUGGAUUUUCAUGUACCGCGUAUCGCCAUUCACCUACCUCGUCAGCAGUCUCCUCUCAACCAGCCUCGCUAACGCCGACGUGCAAUGCGCCUCCUUUGAAGUGCGCAAUAUCCUACAAACGCCAUCGGGCGAAACAUGCGGACAAUACCUGUCCCAAUACAUGGCUUCAGCGGGAGGCGCUGUCUACAAUGAGAACUCGACAGAGAACUGCGAAUUCUGUCCUUUAGCAUCAACAAGCGAGUUUCUCGCUUCUGUGAGCGUAUUUUAUGCAGACAGAUGGCGCAAUUUUGGCCUAUUAUGGGUGUAUAUCAUUUUUAAUGCUGUGGCCGCGCUCGUACUGUAUUGGGCAGUGAGAGUACCCAAGAAAGGGAAUUCUGGUAUUCCAAGUCUUCGACGAAACCAGUCCUAA